AUGCUACUGUGUGCUGAGGUGGCCCCAGUUGAAGCUCAGAAUCCACAAGUUGAACAGCAAUCAGAAUCCACAAGUAGAACAACUGAUGAUGCCCCAAUUGAAACAUCAAACAAAUUUGCUGAGCUGAACAAGGAAGACAACAGUCCUCCAAAUGAGUGCAUUCCCUCCUCUAGUCAAGAGGAACAUGUAUCCACUUCCUUUUCUAACACCUUUGUCCUUAAUGAGCCAGUAUCUUCUAAAAGGAAGAAGAAGAAGAAGAAGAAAAAGAUAAAUAAGCACCCCUUUAUGUCUGGUAGUGCUAAGUGA